AUGGGGAAUGAGAGAAGGAUGAUCGAAGCUCUUGCUUUGGUGUGUUCCUUGCACGUUGAGAUAUUGUCUGGCAAUGAUCGUCAUCAUUCGCUUGACGAUUUGCUUAAAGAAAAACUGAGAAAUAUUGAUAUAAUGAAAGAAUUAGAGGAAGACACCCCGAAACGACGCCGUACCGCUUCUACUUCCGGGCAGUACUACUCUCACUCAACAUCAUCUGAAGAAACAAAAAGGAGCAAGGACUUCAUGAUCUUCAAAAGCGGCAUCCCGAAACGACGCCGUACUGCUUCUACUCACUCAACAUCAUCGUCAUCAUCAUCAUCAUCUGAAGAAACAAAAAGGAGCAACGACAUCAUGAUCUUAGAAAGCGCCAUCCCGAAACGACGCCGUACGAGUGAUGAUCAUCAUGAUGAUGUAGUACUACGAGUAGUGCCUGAAGAAACGAAGGUGACAAGAAGAAAUAAGUCGAAUAAUAAAAGAAAGAGGAUCAGGGAUGAUAGUGAUACGAGUAAUACAAGUAAAGGAGGUGUAAUUCAUGGACCGAACCCUCCUCCGCCUAUUUCUAUUUCUGAGGAGCUGGCCCAAGUCAUUCGCGGUAUGACUACUGGUGAUCAACUCAACCUCAAAUUGGUUAUUCAAAGAAAACUCUUCCAAACUGAUACUCUCUCACGACAAAAUCGUCUUCAAAUGCCACGCAAUCAGAUCAGUUCCGAUGACUUUCUCAACCACGACGAGAAGAAGAAAUUGGACCAAAAUGAGGGAAUUCAAGUUAGGUUCAUUCAACCCAACCUUGAAGAAGAAAAUGGCUUAGUUUUCAGGAGGUGGAAAUACAAGAACGUCAACUGUGCGGGUUACGUGUUCAACAAAAAUUGGCACAAAGGUGUUGUUCAGAAAAAUGGACUCGAGUGUGGGCAACUUGUUCAGGUCUGGUUUUUUAGGGACAAGGAUGGAAACCCUUGUUUUGCCAUGGUCAAUCUCGGCUGA